UUCACAGCGGAGAGGCAGGCAGCAGCGUCGCAGCGUUACAACAAGAGCGGCUUUCGGGCUUUGUUUUGUGGAUGUGAAUGAGCUCCAUCACCUACUUUAGAAAUGUGGACGGAUAUAAGGACAUUGCUACUUUUUCAUUCGUUAGUCCUGAGGAUUUAUUUCUCGGAAGCAACGGAUGAGUGUGAGGAUGGACAGUUUCAGUGCAACAACAAAAGGUGUAUACCGACAAUCUGGAGGUGCGACGACGAUGACGACUGCUCAGACAACAGUGAUGAAGAAAACUGUCCCAGGAAGACAUGUGCCCCUGCAGAGUUCGCCUGCUUAAAUGGCCAAUGUGUCCCGGGACGUUGGCGAUGCGACGGGGAGCCAGAGUGUCCCGAUGGCUCUGAUGAGGCAGAGGAGACCUGCAGCAAACAGACGUGCCCUCCAGAGAAAUUUGACUGUGGGGGAUCUACCAACAAGUGUGUCUCGUUGUCAUGGAGAUGUGAUGGAGAGAAGGAUUGCGAGAACGGGGCUGACGAGGAGGACUGUGCGUCUGAUGCCAAAGCCUGCCCCAGCGGUGAGUUCAUGUGUGCCAACCGCAAGUGCUUGGCCAUCGUCCACGUGUGCGACGGUGACGACGACUGUGGAGAUGGCAGUGAUGAGCUCAAGUGUACCUCCCCUCUGACCUGCGGGCCCAACCAUCUCCGCUGUAACACCUCGGAGUGUGUGCCGCUCAUAUGGAGCUGCGACGGAGACCCCGACUGCUCCGACAGUUCGGAUGAGGGGCCGGAGCGCUGCGGCGGCGACGGCGUCCCGUAUCUGCCUAACCGCCGAACAAACUGCACUGCUGGGGAGUUUCGCUGUGCAAACGGGGAGUGUGUGCGGCUAACCUGGAAGUGUGAUGGAGAUCCAGACUGCAAGGACAAGUCUGAUGAGUCGGACUGCCCCCUGUUGACGUGCCGUCCCGAUGAGUUCCAGUGCGGUGAUGGUUCCUGCAUCCACGGCACCAAGCAGUGUAACAAGGUCCAUGACUGUCCUGACCGCAGCGAUGAAUCUGGCUGUGUCAAUGCCACCAAAUGUGAGGGACCCCUGAAGUUUCUGUGUAAGAAUGGAGAGUGCAUUGAUAGCUCCAAGGUGUGUGACUCUGUCAAGGACUGCAAGGACCGAUCAGAUGAGCCCAAGAAGGAAUGUGGGCUGAAUGAGUGUAUGAUCAACAACGGCGGCUGCUCCCAUGUCUGUAUGGACCAACCAAUCGGCUUUGAGUGCCAGUGCCCUACUGGCUACCAGCUACUGGACAAAAAGACUUGUGGUGACAUUGAUGAAUGUGAGAACCCUGAUGCUUGUAGCCAGAUCUGCAUCAACUACAAGGGAGAUUUUAAAUGUGAAUGCUAUGAAGGCUAUGAGAUGGACCCUGUUACUAAGACCUGCAAGGCAGAAGGGAAGAGCCCUUACUUGCUGUUCACCAACCGGCAUGAGAUCCGCCGCAUCGACCUGGUGAAGAGGGACUACAGCCAGGUGGUGUCCACCCAGAAGAAUGCUGUGGCUCUGGAUCUGGACGUGGCCAACAACCGUGUCUUCUGGUGUGAUCGCUUUCACCGGAAAAUCUACAGUGCCUUCAUCCAUGAGGCCAGUGACCCCUCUCAGCAGGUGCCGCUGCUGGAAUCUUUCCUGCAGACCCCUGUGGGUCUGGCUCUGGACUGGCUCCAACACAACCUGUACUGGACCGACUCCGGCGACAAAUCCAUCUCCGUGGCCUCAGUGGACGCCACCAAGAGACGCGUCCUCAUCAACACGGACCUGAGUGAACCCCGGGCCAUAGCGCUGGAUCCCCACCACGGCUUUAUGUACUGGUCAGACUGGGGCACACGAGCCAAGAUAGAGAAGGCCGGGAUGAAUGGAGUGGACCGACAGGUGCUGGUGGCUGACAACAUUGAAUGGCCCAAUGGCAUCACGCUAGAUGUAGCCAACAGGCGUCUGUACUGGGUGGAUUCAAAGUUGCACCUUAUAGCCAGUGUAGACCUGAACGGAGCUCACCGCAGAACACACAUGUCAUCCGCAGAGAGACUGGGACACCCCUACGCUCUGGCUGUUUUUGAGGAUCGUAUCUACUGGACAGACAGAGACAGGGCGGCGGUCUUCAUGGCCAACAGGCUGACCGGACAAGACAUCCACACGCUGGCUGAAAACCUCAACGACCCCCAUGACAUCGUGGUCUUCCACCAGCUCCGCCAGCCGCAAGGCCCAGACAGCUGUAAUCUGGGCAGUGUGGCCAAUGGAGGCUGUGAGUACUUGUGUCUAAAGGCUCCACAGAUUACUGAACACUCACCCAAAUACACCUGCGCCUGCCCCGACGGGCAGGACCUGGGUCCUGAUAUGAGGGGCUGUGUGCCAGCAGCGCCAAGAAAUGACAUGACACCGACAUCCUCCCCUCCUACUGCAUUUACACCUGGCAACAGAGCGACUGUUGAGGAAGACUUCCCACCGCCCUCAGGGGGAGUAUCGCAGGCGGACGCCACCCCCCACUUGACCACAGCUCCCUCUGGUGCCCCCGAGCCCCUCACACCCCUCUCCACUCUUAAGCCUUUGUCGUCACAAGAGUCAAAGGCACUGGGCUCCCACUACACCGCCACCGCUAUGGUCAUCUCCACCACAGCUGCGGGGGACAGCAGCGUCUCUCAACACUCUGGAAACGAGCAUUUCCUCCUGGGCGAGAACCUGACAGUGGCUGUUUUGGGAGUGGUCAUUCCCAUCGUUCCUAUCGUUGCCACAGUGGUGUUCGGCCUGGUGUGCGCCGGAGUCUACCUGGUGUGGCGCAACUGGCGGCGCGACUCCACCAAGAGCAUGAACUUCGACAACCCCGUCUACCGCAAGACCACUGGCGAGGGCGAGGAGGAUGAGAUCCACAUCGGACGGACUGACGGCAUGGGACACCACGCGCACCACCACCCGUACCCACAGGGUGUCAACAUGGGGGUUGUAGGAGCAGGAGGUGGCACAUGCCCGCAGUUCAUUACCCUGCCACUCGGGGGCAACAUGCCUGAUCCGGGGACUCACUGGUACACGGAGCAGCCCAUGCUCUCCACUGCAAAGUGACCCACCAGAGCAGAUUCAGGGAAAGAUGGCCGCUCAGGCACACGCACACACAGUGAGGUCACAGGUGACUUAGACUGAGUUUGCAGAAGGUACGAACAACAUAUCAUAAAGUGUUACAUGCAGCCAUUUACAGUCAUGUCCUAUGCCAAUUUCCAUUUGAAAAACAGCAGAAUUAAUAAGACUAACAUGAUUCUUUGAAAAAUCCUUUCUACCUUUUCUGUGCUGGAGCUGGAUCUACUCUUUUCUCCAGUAAAGCUGAGAAUUAUUUACAGAAUUAUUAAUGUGUUAUGUGUUUCCAACAUUGACCUAAACUACAUUAUGAAGUCAGACUGGUUCCUGUUUUUGAGUCUUUUGCAUUGAUAACUGAGUGAGGUGUGUGCUGUGUGUCCUAUAUUUUGUGACGGGGCUGGUGAGAGGUUCUGUUUCAUCCUUGAUGUAUUAAUUUGGGCUUUGUGUUAUUCCUGGUGGGCCAUAGAGCUCUGGGAACAGUGUUUAGGAAGGAGGAGCUCUGAAACUGGGACAGCAACUGCGUUGAUGGGACAAUCUGUACAGAUUCAUGUUAGAAUCAAUCACAAAUCUCAUAAAUGUCAUUACUGGACCUGUCUUUUUUUCCAUUCUGAUUGAUUUUAAAGAAAGGUUACCACCCACAUUAUGUGCUUUCUCUCUGGUUCAGAGGCAAACCUUUUAAGAGUGAGUUGUCUAACAUUUUGGCGUGCAGUUUUUAUUUAACCUCCAACACCCCAGAAUUGUGGGAGAGCAGGCUUGCGGAGUGGAAAGGAGAAAAUUGAGACAUAAGUAUUUAGACCUAUGAGCAGAGAGGAUGUGAGGUUAGGUGGAAGUGAAUUUUGCGCAGGAGUUGUGUCUUAUUGUGACUUGUUUAGAUGUUAAAUGGUUUGAGAAAAGCAAUAGACUCUACUUUUUAGUCAGGCUGCAGUGUUUUGUGGUUGACAAAAAUCCUUAAGUGUUAAGAAUUUUAUUUGAUCACCCGCUUUUGACUGUGACAAAUGUGCACAUAAAUACACACGGGGUGCAGUGAUAGCAAAUUCACGCUGCUCUCCAGAGGACGGAGACAAUGUGCACUUGCCCUACGAAAACACAAACAGCAUGCAUAAUUGCUCACCAGCUGACAAUGCAGCCAUUCAUUGUUCCAGGCAAGACACACACACACACACACACCCACACACACACACACACACACACACACACAUAUGCAUGCACACAUUCACAAAAGCAAGCUGGAUUCCCCUCCUCCUGAGAUGGCCGAUAUCUGAGCAGACAGUUUUGAAUAGUGCCAUGUGGGAGGGCCCAGCUGGUGGCUGCAUGAUGAAAAAGACCCGUCAUGUGAUGUAACAGAAAACAAAAAUCUGACUCUGAUGUAAUGAGGCCAACUUGUCCUAUCAGUGAACAUGUUUCAUGUUGGUUUAGUCCCAUCAUUAACACUGUUACUGUGUGUGUGUGUGUGUGUGUGUGUGUGUGUGUGUGUGUGUGUGUGUGUGUGUGUGUGUGUGUGUGUGUGUGUGUGUGUGUGUGUCAUUAUGCAUGUGAGUGCUAAUGUUCAUCCCACAGCCAUAUUUGAACUGUUUUGUAUGCUCUUUGUUGCACAACCCUCUUAGAAUGCCUUCUGUAUUGUGUAUUGCAUGGAAGAAAACAGUGUGUGAAGGUGUUUAGAUACACAGGUGUGUACGUGUGUGUGUGUGUGUGUGUGUGUGUGUGUGUGUGUGUGUGUGUGUGUGUGUGUGUUGUGUGUGUGCGACAGUGUGUGACACUGGAGAAGCUUUGAGGGUGCUUUUUGAUUCAUUGAUUUGUAAAUAUGUUUUCAUAAGGUUUUUGAUAAUGUAUUAUACAAUUAUGUAAAAGAGAAGAUGUACAUAAGAUUUUAGAUAAAGUGUUAACAGGUAUAUUAAUUUAUUUGUAUACAAGGAGAGCACUGCAUUCCCUGAUUGUAAGAAAUCUGAAUUAUCCACCAAAGUGGUUUGUGUUGUUUCUUGCUGUGCACCAUUUAGCAUCCUUUCUGUGUGCGACCCUUUUUUCUUUGUUAGCCUACGUAAAACAUGAUGUCCCCUCCCGAAAAAAAACUCCCACAUCUUUGCAACGCUUCUCAGCCUUGGUGUUAAUGAGAUGAUUGAUUUUUGUUUAUUUGUGCCUUUUUGUUUACGUUUUUUUUGUUCUCCUGUAAGUUUUUUCAUGAAAAGGACAGGGAUAAGGCAUCUACUGUAUAUGAAAGAUAAACUGUAUGAAUACCAAACUGGUUCCACUUUUUGAUUUUCUGUAAUGGAUUACUUUUGAAUAUCUCUAUAUAUUGAUAUAUAAAAUAUGACUGAAAAUUUC